AUGACUCUCCCCAUUUCUCUGAUAGACCCAGUCGUGGCUACCAUGACUCUCCCCAUUUCUCUGAUAGACCCAGUCGUGGCUACCAUGACGCUCCCCAUCUCUCUGAUAGACCCAGACGUGGCUACCAUGACGCUCCCCAUCUCUCUGAUAGACCCAGUCGUUGCUACCAUGGCUCUCCCCAUCUCUCUGAUAGACCCAGACGUGGCUACCAUGACGCUCCCCAUCUCUCUGAUAGACCCAGUCGUGGCUACCAUGACUCUCCCCAUCUCUCUGAUAGGCCCAGUCGUGGCUACCAUGGCUCUCCCCAUCUCUGUGAUAGACCCACACGUGGCUACCAUGGCUCUCCCCAUCUCUCUGAUAGACCCAGUCGUGACUACCAUGGCUCUCCCCAUCUCUCUGAUAGACCCAAACGUGACUACCAUGGCUCUCCCCAUCUCUCUGAUAGACCCAGACGUGGCUACCAUGACGCUCCCCAUCUCUCUGAUAGACCCAGACGUGACUACCAUGGCUCUCCCCAUCUCUCUGAUAGACCCAGUCGUGGCUACCAUGACUCUCCCCAUCUCUCUGAUAGCCCCAAACGUAGCAACCAUGGCUCUCCCCAUCUCUCUGAUAGACCCAGUCGUGACUACCAUGACGCUCCCCAUCUCUCUGAUAGACCCACACGCAGCUACCAUGGCUCUCCCCAUCUCUCUGAUAGACCCAGAUGUGGCUACCAUGACGCUCCAGUCUCUCUGA